AUGUCUAUGUAUCCGCAUCAGCAGCGCAUGGGCGGGCCGCCGAGCAAUCAGGCCCGUCUGAACGAGCUUCUCGACCAGAUUCGAGCUGAAUUUGAUUCCCAGCUGCGUCAGUCGGGUGAAUUUGAGCACCAGAUCGCUGCGCAGGUCAGCGAGAUGCAGCUCGUCAGAGAAAAGGUCUACGCCAUGGAGCAGACGCACAUGACUUUGAAGCAAAAGUACGAGGAAGAAUUGAGCGUUCUGCGACAUCAGUUAGCAGAGGCUACACGCGGCAAGGGCAGUGUUGGCCAGCCUGCGAUGAGCGGUCCACCUCAACAUGCUGGUACCUCUCAGCAGCCGCCUUCGAUUGCACCAGGCAAUGGCCUGUUUAGCGGCAUCAUGUCGGGGGGCAACCAAGCCGGAUUGGCCCCCCCACAACAGCAGCAGCCGCCACCACAUCAGCAGCAUGGGCCACCGCAGGAGGCGCAGAUGGGACCUCAGCACCAGAUGGCGCAAGGCCCUCCAGGUCUCAGCGGACCUCCGCAUCCGUCAGCACAGCAACAACAGCCACAACAAGGCCCAUAUCAGCAGCCAUACCCCCAGGGCCACAUGUCCAAUGGCAUGGGCCCUCAGCCACCACAAAGCACUGCGUCGCCAGGUCCUGGACGCCGACCUAUCGGGCGCCCUCCCAACGGUGUAGGGCCAGCCACUCCCCAAAUCAACACUCCCGUCCCAUACCCCCCGAAUGCCCAGUCGCCCCAGAUCAACCAGCCGACCCCGGAUCAUGCGCGCAUGGGCGGUCCUCGACCACCUCAGGCCGUCGGUAAUGCACUGGGGGAGCUUGAGCCCGACAAUGUCGCGCCCCACAACAAGAAAACUGGCAGCGACUGCCAAGAUGGAAAGUACGUCGCGACUGGCUGCAACCGUUCCGCACAGAUCUUUGAUGUGACCACGGGAGAGAAAGUAUGUGUCCUCGAGGACCAAAGUGCCUCCGAUCCCAUGGGUGGAACAGAUCUAUACAUCCGCAGCGUAUGCUUCAGUCCUGAUGGCCGUUUCCUGGCCACGGGCGCUGAGGACAAGAUCAUCCGAGUCUGGGAAAUUGCGACGAGGACGAUCCGAUGCCACUUCACCGGCCAUGAGCAAGACAUCUAUUCCCUAGACUUUGCCCGAGAUGGACGCACGAUUGCUUCUGGCAGUGGUGACAGAACCGUCCGCCUUUGGGACAUUGAUCAGAAUCUCAACACAUCGACCUUGACGAUUGAGGACGGCGUCACUACCGUGGCUUUCUCGCCCGACACCCAGUUCGUUGCAGCUGGCUCGCUGGACAAGAGCGUCCGUGUUUGGAGCAUUGACGGUAGCGUCGUUACCCUUGUUGAGCGUCUUGAGGGACCUGAUGGCCAUCAAGACUCUGUCUACUCUGUCGCGUUCUCGCCGAACGGCAAGGACCUGGUCAGUGGCAGCUUGGACAAGACCAUCAAAAUGUGGGAGCUGGGCGCGCCGCGCGCUACUCGCGAUGGGCCCUCUCGGGGUGGCAAAUGUAUCAAGACAUUCGAAGGCCACCGCGACUUUGUCCUUUCCGUCGCCAUGACACCUGACGCUAACUGGGUGCUUUCGGGAUCUAAGGACCGCGGUGUGCAGUUCUGGGACCCCCGCACCGGGACCACUCAGCUCAUGCUGCAGGGCCACAAGAACUCGGUGAUCUCGGUGGCGCCCUCUCCGCUGGGCAGUUACUUUGCCACUGGUUCCGGUGACAACAAGGCUCGUAUCUGGUCGUACCGCCCUAUAUAA